CUCCCAGUGAUGCUCAUCAGCGGGUUCCUUGGCGCUGGCAAGACCACGCUGCUGCGCCACCUGCUGAGCAACACCGAGGGCGUGCGAUGCGCCAUUAUUGUCAACGAUAUGGCAGAGCUCAACAUCGACGCUGCACUGCUUAAAAACGCCAGGCUUGUGCAGGCAACGCAGGCGCAGGAGGAGUUGGUGGAACUGAGCAACGGGUGCAUCUGCUGCACGCUGCGGGGGGACCUGCUAAGGGAGGUGACUCGCCUCGCCAAGUCGCGCGCAUUUGACUACCUGCUCAUCGAGUCCACCGGCGUCAGCGAGCCCAUGCAGGUGGCCGAAACAUUCACUCUGGAUGUGGACGACGGAAGCCAGGCGGAGCUGAAGGACAUGGCCACGCUAGACACGUGCGUGACCGUUGUGGACGCAGCACAGCUGAUGGCUAAUUUUGAGUCGCUGCAGACUCUGAAGCAGCGCGAUCCGGACAUCGCUGAUGAGGACGAUCGCAAUGUUGCUGACCUCAUGCUGGACCAGAUCGAGUUCGCUGAUGUCAUCCUGCUCAACAAGGCGCGAGACUUUGACGCAGCGGAGCUGGCCAGACUGGAGGCGUUGCUGCACUCCCUCAACACAGAGGCGAAAGUCAUUGCAACAAAGGAGGGCGCAGUCGCCCCCAAAGCCAUCAUGGGAACGGGCAGAUUCAGCCUUGAGAAGGCAGAGACUGCUCCUGGCUGGCUCAAGGCGAUGCGAGAAGGGGAGUCUGCCACGCCAGAGACAGAGGAGUAUGGCAUUGGUAGCUUCGUGUACCGCGCGCGCCGACCGUUCCACCCCGGCCGCCUGCACAGCUUUUUCACAAGCUACUUCACCCUUCAACAGCCCCAGCCUGACCUGGACGAAUCUGACUCCGAGGGAGGCAUGCACGGCAUGCAUCUUACAGUGACUACACAGGGCUUCAUGUGGCUGGCUGGGCGUGAUGACAUGAUGGGCGACUGGAGCCAGGCUGGCGGCACCCUGCGGGUGGGGCCUGCAGGGCCCUGGUUUGCGGCCGUGCCAGAAGAGGCCUGGCCUGACGACGAGCGGGCUCGCGCUGGAAUCCGCAAGGAUUUUGAAGGGGACGCGGGAGACCGCAGGCAGGAGCUCGUGUUUAUCGGCAUUGACAUCAAACGCGAAAUGCUGACGGAGGAACUCAACCGGUGUCUGAUG